CGGGCGCGUACGGCAGCGCGCGCGUGUGCCUGGCCGACGGCACCGAGGCCGUCGUCGGCGUCAAGGCCGAGGUCGAGCGGUCGCGCCUGCCCGCCUCCGCCCUCCUCGAGGUCUACUACGAGAACAAGGAGCUGCGGCAGCGGGCGAGGGCCGGGCGGGGCGAGGCCGGCGGCGGCGACGACGACCCCGAGCCCUCCCCCGUCAGGGGCCAGAGCGACUGGCUCGAGGUCUCCGUCGACAUCCCCGGCUACCGCGACGACGACAGCGCCACCGUCUUCCUCGCCAGCAUGCUGAGCGAGGCCCUCCUGGCCGACGGCGAGUUCACCAAGAAGCUCUGGAUUAACCGGCGCUUCCACUGGAAGCUAUACAUAGACAUCAUCCUAAUUUCCCCGCCGUUAUCGUACCCGCUGCCCCUCCUCAGCCUAACAACCCACCUCGCCCUCCUCUCCACACGCCUACCCCGGCUGAAGUCUGAAGCCGACGAAGACCCCAUGUUCGACGACGACUGGGGCGUGUCCCAGUUCAUCUACCCACGAGCGGGCGGCAGCGGCAGCAGCUCCUACGCAGCCACGACAACGGUUGGUCCGAGGCCGCCCCUGACGCUGCUCGUCAUGGCCGUCGGCGACAACAUCAUAUUCGACCCGUCGAAGGAGGAGCUUGCCGUCGCGGACUGCGCGCUUGCCGUCUCGGUCGGCGAGACCGGAGAGCCCGCCGACGACCCGCACGACUCCAUGGACGUCGACGUGAGCGCGGGAAGUGGGGUCAAGACGCGGCGGAAGCUGCGGCUGCUCUCCGUGCGGACGAUAGACCCGCCGUCGCGGCUGACAGCGCCAGGCGUCCCCAACUCGGUCAACGCGGCCGCGUGGGGAGGGGCGCAGGGCGGCGGUAGCGGCACACCCUCAGUCCGGGAUCCGGGCGCGAAGGCGGCAGAUACGGACGACGUCGAGGGCGUAUGGAAGGCGCCCCGGGGGGGGGCGAGGGUCUCCAUCCUCGGCGCCAUGGUGCAGAAGGUGCUCGAGAGGGGAGGCGUCGUGGACGAGGUCCUGGAGAGUCUAGAGAGCGUCGACCUGGAAUAGAUUCGCACGUAAUAGAAAAUGACGAUGAGAUACCACUUUGAAUGAAUUUCCGAGGCCUCCUCGGCCCUGUCUCCGGUCCCACACGUAUUACCAUUCGGUCCUACCCAUCCUGUAGUAGAAUAUUGCGUGCUAAGUCAUGUGCUACAUACCGGCGGCUACUUACUCUCCGUCGCGCAGCAUCCCCUCUCCGUUUAAAAGAUACCGAAGUACUUCUUGCGCUUCCCGUCCGGCGUAGCUUCGACGGGCGCCGCCUCGACGGGCGCAGCAGGGGCCGUCUCGGGGGCUUCGGCGGCCACCUCCGCAGCAACCGGCGGUAGUGGUGGCGGGGGCGGCUCCUGGGCAGCGACGGCGGCGACGGGGGAUCCGACGUCGGCGGGGUCGGCGGGGGCGGCGGGGGGCGCGGGGCCGGGGGUUCGGAUCUCGCCGGCGCCGCCGAAGAAGCCGCGGGUGGCGGGCUCGAGGCCGUGGGCGCGGCGGUACUCGUUGCGCUUGAGGAGGUCGUCGGCGCGCUGGCGGCGGGUCUCGCCGGCGAGGGCGGCCUGGUGCUGCUCGUGGAGGCGCAGGGCCUCGAAGGCG